AUGGCUUUUGAAUUGCCUUACGACAUUAAAGUGCCUACCACUUACGAUUUACCGGCAAAAAUUUCAUGGAUCGCAUCGGAUGAAUCUCCUAUUACUUCGGGCCAAAUGCUGGCUGUUUUAACGCCUCUGGAUCCACCAAAAGAUAAUUACAUCAACGAUAAUAUUGAUCACUCGGAUAAGAAAAGGAGGCUAACCAAUACUUCUAAAAACGUGAUUAAAGCGCCAAAACUAAGCACUUCAGCUACAAUGAGAAGGAAUUUAGCAAAUGACAGUGUUAUUGAUUCAUAUGACUUGAUAAUUGGCACAAUAACCCAGCUUACUUGUGACCAUUCAGUUGUGGUACAUGGACUAUGCGCCGAUUGUAAUGAAGAAAUAGAUAUCACCGAAGAUUCGUUUGACAUUGAUGAUGUUGUAAAACCGGGAUUUAUCACAAACGAAGCUUCAAUGUCAAUUUCUGCUACUUUUGUCAGGCAGAUGGAGGAAUCGAAUUUGCACUCAUUGCUAAUCAAACGAUUACUAUGUUUGGUGUUAGAUCUAGAUAACACGCUGAUACACGCGAAAACAUUGGAUAAAAAUGAAGUUUUGGAUAGCAAUGAUGAUUUUAAAGCCAUUUAUUUUGGAGGAAGAUGCAAUUUAUAUCGUCUGAGACCAGGUGUUUCCGAAUUUCUAGAUGCCAUGUCUAAAUACUACCAACUUUAUCUAUUUACCAUGGGCACGAGUGAACAUGCUACUGCUGCUUUAUCACUAUUAGAUCCACAGGGAAAGUUAUUUUCGAACAGAAUAUUUUCCCGUUCAGAUUCUCAAAAUUCUAGGAAGACACUCAGUCGAAUCUUCCCCAACUACCAAGGGAUUGUAUGUGUUGUGGAUGACUGUGAACAUGCUUGGCGGGCCGAUUUAUCUGGCGCGGGUUUCUUUAAAAUCCACCCCUACUACUACUUCUCGGAAAGAUCUAAACAACACAACCCAUUGACUGCAAUGAUUACUGCGGCAUCUAACCAAUCAUUUUAUAAUACAGCGGUAAAGGGUGAUAAAAUUUGCUACGAUAAAAAUACUUUAUCCUCCCAAUUUUUAGACGAAUCACCAGUUGAUAAUGAUAAAAUGUUACUUAUUUUGGGUAACUUGUUGAUUAAUUUUCAUGAAAAAUUCUUUCAGAAGCUUGAAGAUUCGGCUAAAGCUAAUAAUUUUGAUGUGGGUCUUGAAUCUUUUAAAAGGUCCGGUGUUACAUUGGGCACCGUAAUGGAUCAAUUUCGAUCUCAAAUUUUAAAGGGUGUAAAAUUGUCAUUCAAUACUCAAGAUUUUGGAUGCGAUUUUAUUAAUUCCGAUUAUAUCGCAUGGGCCAAGGCAUUUGGCGCAACAAUAGUUAAUGAUAACGAUUCAAUAACUCAUAAACUGUUGUUAAACCCACAUACCACCAGUGGUGAUACAAAUGAUAAAACUGGCACAAAAGACGUCCAUUUAAUGUGGCUGGAUAAAUGCAUAUACACCUGGGUGAGGGGAGAUGACGAGGAACUGUACAACCCGUCACUAUGGACUAAGCCAUAUCGUAAUUUUUGGGACCUAUCUGCCGGCUCUGGUUAA